CUCAGCAGUUGCCGCUCCAUUGUUUACAUAAUAAGUUGUCCUUGCUGCUUUGACAGUCGGUCGGGGAUUGAUCGACAGCGGAGGGAUUCGGACACCAAACACAGCACAUAGCUUGCCGCUGAGGAGUGAGGUAUGUCUGUGAAACACGCCCUGAGCCGGGGGCUUGAGCUGGGCCGCUCGGUCUUCCAGCUCGGUCUCCUCAAGCCGUUCGGCCGAGCAGCAGCAAAGCUCCGAGCUGACCGUCUCCGUGUAGGCCAGCCGGCCCGCACCGUUCAGCCUCAGGCUUUCCUGCCGUCUCGGUACCGGUAUUACCGCACCUCUCUGAGGGGGCUGGCCGCUCAGCUGCAGUCCGCCGGCUUCAGGAGGAGGUUUGGUGCCGGCUCUCCACGGAACAGGGCCGUGUUUCUGGCAUUUGGCCUCGGCGUGGGACUGAUCGAGCAGCAGCUUGAGGAUGACAGGAGGAGCGCAGCGACAUGCCAGGAGAUCCAGGCUGUGUUUAGGAAGAAGAAGUUUCAGAGCCCACUUAGGCCAUUUACCUCUGGAUACAAACUGGAAGAUUAUGUUAUCGGGAAACAGAUUGGGAAAGGGUCCAACGCAGCUGUGUAUGAGGCUGCGGCUCCAUUUGCCUUUCCCAAAGAAAGUGGCAGUCGGUGCUCGCUGGUGGAACUGAAAGAAGAUGAAGAUGAAGGACAAACGGCACGUUCUCUGAGCUGCUGCUCACUAAGAAACUUCCCAUUGGCUGUCAAGAUGAUGUGGAACUUUGGGACGGGGUCAUCAAGCGAGGCUAUACUGAGAUCCAUGUCACAGGAGCUGGUCCCUGCAGGCCCACUCGCCUUGAACAAAGAAAGAGAGCAAAUUACUCUUGAUGGACAUUUUGGAGUCCUGCCCAAGAGAGUGUCAGCGCACCCUAAUGUGAUCAGAGUGUACCGGGCUUUCACAGCAGAUGUCCCAUUGCUACCAGGUGCCCAGGAGGAGUAUCCAGAUGUACUUCCAGCCAGGCUUAACCCUGACGGUCUGGGCAACAACCGCACACUUUUCCUGGUCAUGAAGAACUACCCCUGCACACUGCGUCAGUACCUGGAGGUUUCCAUACCAAGCCGAAGGCAGAGCACUCUGAUGGUGCUGCAGUUACUGGAGGGGGUGGACCACCUGUGCAGACAGGGCGUCGCUCACAGGGAUCUCAAGUCAGACAACGUGUUGUUGGAGUUUGACUCAGAUGGCUGCCCCCGUUUAGUCAUCACUGAUUUUGGCUGCUGCCUGGCCCAAAGUGACUCCAAUCUGCAGUUACCCUUCAACAGUAUAUGGGUCGACAGAGGUGGGAAUGCCAGCCUUAUGGCACCUGAGGUGGCCACUGCAGUUCCAGGGGCUGGAGUGGUCAUUGACUACAGCAAGGCAGAUGCCUGGGCUGUGGGUGCCAUCUCUUAUGAGAUAUUCGGUCAGCGAAACCCUUUCUACCGAGCGGUCGGACUUGAGAGCAGGAGCUAUCAGGAGAAGCAGCUUCCUCCUCUGCCCUCCAGUGUUCCAGCUGAUGUGCAGCUAGUGAUCCACUUACUCCUCAGGAGGAACCCAAAUAAGCGUCCCAGUGCCCGUGUGGCUGCCAACAUGCUACAUCUCAGCCUCUGGGGACGGAAGGCCCUGGCCAAUCAGGACAGCACCGGCAUGAGGAAGCUUGCUGAUUGGCUGCUGUGUCAGUCAGCUGUGGUCCUCCUGAAGGGCUGCAGCGGGCCCAGCGGCAACACAGUGGAGUCGGAGCUUCAGAGGUCCUUCCUGUCUAACUUGGAGCUGGAGGACCUGCGCUCUGCUGUGGGCUACCUGCUCUAUGGGCGAGAGCAGCGUCCCGCCUGCAUCCUGUCUGCAUAGAUCCAUUCAAAGACCACGGGCCCCAGUGGUGGGUUGACAGAGGGCCUUGAAUUCAAAAUCUCAAUUCAUAUUUAAUAAAAUCUCUAGCUUAGUAAUGGCAAUAGUCUGACACGUAACAUCUAAUGACUAUAUGGGUGUGCAAGAGGUGUAAAAGGGAGAUCCAUCUCAAAAUCAUUGUUCCCUGUCAUCACUUUGUGAUGUUUAAUGUGUUCCAGGAGUUUGUGUUGUAAUUAUAUGUUUAUAAUUUAGCAGUAUCCACUUACUCUCAACCUGCUCGUCUACUUGUACUUCGGGUAGUGAUUUCCUACAGCUUCCUACAGUUCCUACAGAAUGACAAGUGCAUGAACUUACUGCAUUCAGUACGUGUAGAGACAUAAGACCAAGUGCAAGAGAGUGAGCGUGACGACGUUGAGGAAAAACUGAUAAUUGUGCCCCUUAGCCAAACCCAACAUGUCUUGUGGCUGUAAUGCACUAUGGUCUCUUCAGGCUACUGUCCAUGGAGAAAUUGGUAUCUCUUCCUCAUAUACAGUGGAUUUUUCCCUGUGUGAUUGUUCUGCAUUGAUGUUUAUGCAGAAUUAGGAGUGUAUAAAAAGCCCUUGCUCUUUGAUUCUAAAGGACCCAAAAACCACCGAUGUUUUAGUUAAUUUUGUUUCUGCUGUUAAAGUCUAUUAUAGCAGUUCUAUAAAUGCUUUGACACACCAUGGAAAUACCCAGGGAAUAAGAAAAGUCACAACACAACAAAAUACAAACCCCAGAAAUACAAAGAACAUCAGUGAUACUGAUAAUUUCUUUUCUUUUUUUUUUUGACAUUUUGAAGUGUUUUAGGGUGGAUUUUUCUUUUCAAAGCUUUUGAAUGUUGAUGCACUUUCUGAGGUUUUGCUGGACAAGAGGGUUGGUCAUGUUCACAGGAAAUAGAGAUCUUUAUAGACAGCAAGAAUGUCUUUCAACAAAUAUACCCUGAGAACUGGUGGUUAGUGGUUGUGUUUUAAAGGCUGUGAGCCAAAGUAUUAUUGACACAAGUGUAAUGCACUAUGGAAACGACAUGGAUUAUGCAGAGGACAACCUGACCCUAGAGGUUUUUGUUUUGCUUUUCUCGAUAUGGUUCGCACUUUACAUUUUGAUGUUUAUUUGCACUUGCUCAGAGCCAUCCUCAUGUCUGCUUAUUCUAACAUCAUCUCAAAAUUAGACUUUAGAUAAGUCAGUUCCAUGAUUUUGAUGUUUAGUAUACAACUAACUUUGAAGCAUGCAUAUUCUCUGACACUACAUCUCUGUUUAAUGUUAAUAAAAAAAAAAAAAAAAAAGAGAGAGAGAGAGAGAGAGAGAGUAACCUGCACUUUGGGCAUCAUGACAUGCUCAAUGAAUUACCAGUUAACUUUCAGAAUGGUUAAUUAUUUUAGAUUCAGAGUGUGUGCCUAGUUUAAAUAUUGAUGGAGAGGAAUAUUUUGCAUAAAAAGAGUGCUUUUAAUGUUUCCAAAUAAAACAGAAAGAAAACUGUC